AUCAACAACAUCAUGAUGAAUCAACUGAUAUCGUUAUUGGUGAUCCUGCUUCGGGCAACUUCAAUUAUAGAAUCAAAAGAUUUACAGUGUCAUAACUGUUUUGACGUCGCAUCUCCCGAAGACUGCCUACAAUUUGUUACCUGCGGACAAGAUGAGUUGUGUUACACCAGAGAGUACACCGACCACAACGGCAAGACCGGAUACCACCUUGGCUGUGAGAGUGCAGGGAUUUGUAAUAUUUUGAAAAACGCACAAGAUCUGCUCGGCAAGAGGUCCGUCGGAAGCAUAGACUCUGAAGAUCCCUCUCAAAUGUGCUACAAAUGUUGUGACAAGACCCUCUGUAACCUGAAGGUCUGUGACCCAGUUGGGCCGACCACUACGGGAGGCGGUUGUCCCCGUAACUUUGUGAAGUCUCCCACGAGAUGUUACCAUUUCACUGUGAAAACCUGACGUGGCACGACGCUAGUGAUGCAUGCCAGAAGAUGUCGGCAGAUCUUGUGUCUUUCAACACCCCUGAGGAAUA